AUGCUUGUGGUGCUCACCGGGCGUCCUGCACCCUUUGAGUCUGCUGGAGAGAGCAGACAUAUCGUUUCGUGGGUGGAAGAGUGCCUGGCCUCCGGCACGGCAGCGAGCCUAACGGCAGCGGGCAUGGACGCCCCUGCUGAUGCCGUACUGCGCGUGGCUCAGCUGGCAGUGAGCUGCACCGUGGAGUGCACUGCAAGCCGCCCAAGCAUGGAGGACAUUGCCAACCAACUGCAGGCUGUCAGGGAGGAAGUGGUGGGAAAAUACCAGCUCAGUGCUGCUGUUAAGGUGGAUGCGCAGGUCCGGGACAUGAAGAAUGGCAUGGUCCAAGGGGAAAGUCUUGAGGUGGAACUUCUGAAGAUUGCUGAGCACCUUGCUGCCGAAACCCAGUCUUAUGUAGUUACAAGAUGA